ACCCAUAUAUAAAAACAAAAUUGAUUGGCUUGGUUUGAAGUUGUCAUAAUAAUAAUAAUCAUGGAUUUUGGGAGAGAAGCAGUCGUGCUUGUCCUCACUGCUAUAACAAUGGCUGUUUUGGGGGCGGCUUCCACUGUUCACACGGUUGGUGAUAUUGGCGGUUGGAACUCAGACCGUGACGUGGAUUAUUACGAUUGGGCUGCUAGCAGGGAAUUUCAUAUUGGCGACAUUAUCCAUUUCAAGUACGAUCCAGGGUUUCAUAAUGUGGUGGAAGUGAGGCGGGCGGACUACCACGCAUGCGAUGCAGCAAAUCCCAUAGCCACCUACUCGUCGCCGUCGGGGAAUGACUACAUCAAGAUCGAGAGACACGGCCACUACUUCUUCAUCUGCGGCUGCGUUGAUCACUGCGCACUCACUAACCAGAAGGUUGAUAUCAGAGUCCCUAAAGACCUCGACGUGAUUAACUAAGCUCCUCCCUCUGAUUUACACUCCUGCUGCUUAGUUAAUACUACGUACAACAGUUGCCAAUAAACAAAUGGGAUUAGGGCUAGGCUAUUUGAUUAUGAAUCUAUUGUGGUUGAUUUGAUCAUUACACAUCUUAAUCUCUUUCAUUUCCUGCUGUACUUCGAUCAUCUUCGAAUCAGCUGUUCAAU